AUGUCGAAUUCGAACGUUGUUCCGGCGGCGGAGCACACCCCCAGCCUGAAUACGCCGACUGUGACGGAAGCUGGCCCUGACAGCAACGAAAGCGAAAUUAUGAUGGACAUUGACCCAAAAUCGAGCGCGGAUCCUGGGGCUACCGAUGCGCUCAUGCCGACGAAUUCUCUCUUAGCCUCCAACCAGCAAGCCGGACUACGAGUCGACACGUCCCACAUUCGCUCUACUGAACCAGCGUCUCUAGAAUACUGGGAGAAUAUUCUUUCCAAGUGUGUUCCUGAAACCCGAUUCAACACACCAGCUCCGGGUACGAGGGACACCUUCGUGCUGGGCAGGGUGAUCAUCAAAUGCGACCAUCACAAUCCCGAGCCAACAGGAGAUUACAGAUUCUGGGAUGAAAAUGAGGAGGCUGCUGUAGUAUUGGCUUCAGAGGCUCUCCCGGACAUUAUACUGCCAGAAUAUUAUCUGAGAACGAAAAUACGGGGACGAGAUAUACUAGUACGAUCAUAUAUUCCCGGAGUUCCCCUUGGAGCUGUUUGGUCAUCCCUCAGUGUGGAGCAAAAGGCCAGCUUCAAGGCCCAGGUGCGAGACAUUGCACGGAGACUUUAUCGGAUCAAGCCUAGCAGCUCGACACCUUCGUAUGUUGCGCAGUCCAACUCCCCAGAGGGAGAUACCAAUCUCUGCCGGGAUGGGCAUGAUAUUUUGUUUGGGAAUACUUCGACUGAGAGUGGCGAUCUUGGUUUGUCGCACAAUGAUCUGAUGCCCUCGAAUAUCAUCGUCAACAAUGACAAAGUUGUUGGGAUAGUCGGCUGGUCGAACGCUGGCUACUUCAACUAUGGAGCUAUUGGGCAAGUCCACCGGACAGUUAGGUGCAAGAACGAUAACGAAAGCACAAUCGAUGGAUCGUGGCAAGAGAGCAUAUCCUGGCACGAUCUUUACGAUGCCGCAAACGAGGAAAGAGGAGUCGUCCAUGAUUCAGUUGACGCUGAAUCUAAAAGUAUCAAUCCAAGCGUCAAGUCAGAAGAAUCGAUUCCCACCCUCAACACCGUUCCCUCCAUGGCAACAAACGAGACGUUUGACUUCCCAACACCUAAAAAGAUCUUUGAUUUGAAGCAAGAGUCUGUUUCAAGAGCUUCAUCCUCCGAAAGGUCUUCCCCCGCACCGUCCGUCAAAGUCACAAAGAAGCGUGCCGGCCCACCUGUCGGCACGAAAAAGGGACAGGCCGUACGAAAACCAGCCGUCAAAAAGCGUAAACUGAACGGCAUGGAGAGCGUUGAUGACACUGCAGGAUCUCAACGAAGCUCGGCGACACCAGCACCUGCUCGAGCAAAAACUGCAAAACAGCGGAACCGUAAGCAGCCUUCUGCAUCAACGGCCGGUUCGCCACCCCCGGACACUAAAAACCGAGGAAGACCACACGAACUGGAUGAAGACGCGGAAGGUGAAGAUGACGAUGAUGACUCGGAAUUGUUUUGUAUUUGCCGCAGACCUGACAAUCACACGUGGAUGAUUGCUUGCGAUGGCGGCUGCGAAGACUGGUUUCACGGAAAAUGUGUCAAUAUGAAGCAAGCGGAUGCCGACCUUAUUGACAAGUACAUAUGCCCGAAUUGCCAGGAGAAACAGGGUGUCCGCACAACUUGGAAACGGAUGUGCCGACUCCCUGGCUGUCGCCGACCUGCUCGAGUCACCGCGAAGACUCCGAGCAAGUACUGCUCUGAUGACCAUGGUGUCGAGUUUAUGAAGAGGAAGAUUCAAAUCGCAGCUCGUCGGUCCGCAGCCGCCGCUGGCCUCGGGGGUGGAUUAGAUGCAGAAAAUAAAGCGAACGGUAAUGCAGGCGACAAUGGAAACAGUGAGGUGCUGAACAAUUCCGGCACUCACCAGGAAGGGACGCAGGAUUUAAUCAACAGGGGAGGUGUCCUGACUCCUCGAGAAGUGAAAGCCAUCGCAGACGGGGUCCAAUCCGCGGAGGAAUUCCGGAAGCUUGGCGAAAGUCUCUUAUCGAGCGAUUCUCAAGGACUUACAUUACUUCGCGAGGUAGCUGAAUCGUUCAACUCAAAAAGCGAAGUACCCGCUAAAGAAAUUGAUUUCGACAUUCUACCUGAUACUGUUGAGUGGACAUCAGAAGAGCGGAGGCAGAUGGAUAUCCUCAAGGCACAGAGAAAAGAACUUCUCCAUCGUUCUCAGAUGCUCCGCGACCGAGAUAAGUUUUUAGUUCUAGUCCGCCAACGCGCCAAAAGCAUUCUCGAACAACUGCGACAAAACGAUCCCAAGGGAUGGAAAGAUGUCUGUGGUUUUGACACUCGAUUAUCUUGGUCAGAUGAUGAAUUUGAUGAGUGGAGACAAACGGAAUCUGGCAAGAAGACGCUGCAAGAUGGCAUUCUUGAAGCCAAACCGCCGGCAGAUGGCGAAGGGGAUACAGAAAUGAUUGACGCAGAUAAAGCGAGUGAAGUUAACAGCAUCGCGCAGGGAGUGUGUAUAAAGAAGCGCUGUGAACAGCACAAACAGUGGGGCAAGGUUCAGCAGCAAGAUAUUCUCUUCGAGCAAUCGAUAGUCAAGGACCAAUUGGCAAAGUGUGAGAAAACGGCCACACAAGUUAUCGACGGCGUUGUUUUGAGGGCGUACGGAAAUCAAGAUAUGGCUAUGGGUGGUACGGCUUAG